AUGGCAACUGCUGCCAAAUCUUCAGUCUUAUCAAACAACAACAGCAAUAGAAUUAGUAGAAAUAAUAACAAUAAUAGCAACAACAAAACUUCAACUUCUAACUCAUCUUCCUUUUCAAAAGCUACAACUUCUCGCGUCAGAAUCCAGCCACCCAGUGUUGACCUUUUAUCUUCUCAAUCAGCGAGUCCGUCAGUCACCGCCACUGGGUCACGCGCUGGUGGCAAUAGCAACAAUAUUAGCGGGAUGGGAGGAAUCGUCGACCAUGAUCGCAAACGGCGGACCAGCUCCAGUAUUAAUACCACAACCAAUAACAUCCAUACUAAUAAGAAUGCAAAAGACCGUUCAGGGCUCGCCACAAACAACUUUAAGGCAUUCAGUUACUUUUACGACGAUCGGAUCGGUAGCUUCAAGUCUGGGAACCGAAUCAGCAAGUCUUCAAAUGCAACAACUGGUAACCAUCUCAAGACCCCGCAACGCGCAGGAGGUAGCAAUCACAAUCAACAACAUCUGCACCAACACUCACUCCAGCAAGGACAACACCAACAACAACAACGGCCCCACUACAAACAUGGCCCAGGAAGUGCAAGCAGCGGUGGCAGUGACGGCGGAAGCCGUAGUAGCAGCAUAGAUUUUAGCUUCAUUGAAGGUAACGGCGGCUGGGCCGCACGGAAAAGCUCAGGGCUUGCGAGUGGCGGUGCCCGGAGUGGUCUUAGCAGCAACACCAACAACAAGCUACGGAAAAAACAAAAAAAAUCCAAACCUUUUGAAGAAGAUCAUAAUAAUAAUAAUAAAAUCAACAGUCCCAGCCGGGUUCAACGCAAUGAUAAAAAGGAUGCUUACUACAAAGACUAUGACAAUGACAAUGAAAACGACCAGACCAACAAUAUUGAUAUGGACAUUGACUACAAUCAAGAUGACAAUGAUGAUUGCGUUAUUCUGGAUGCCAAUUUGCCACAACAUCAGUCCCAUACUACUCCAUACUAUUAUGAAGAUUCUCAGGGAAUCUGGGUCGAACCGACUACUGAUACUUUACAUCAAUCUUCUCCAAAACCGACUGAAGAUUCACCUGCUUCCCAUAAAAAAACCAACACUACUUCAGGCUUUUCUCUCAAGGACAAUCAUCAUUAUUUUUACAACAAAACUAUCAACAAUUCGCCACCCCAUUUAUCAACAAAGGCACAAACUACCGCCAAAUUAUGCACUUCACUUGACUGUUUUAAUAAGGCUUCGUCACCCAAUUCUCAAGCACGCGUCAAUGCGAUUAUUGCACGUAUCGAGAGCGACAGUAACUUUGCGCCAGUUAUUUCCGCCGUAUACGGCAAUGACAGUGAGUUUUCGUGUCUGGACGCGCCACCACCAAAAACAUACGCCCAGGUUCUUUUCGAACUAGAAGCUGGUGGCUACAUCCCAUUAAACGAUCCCAUUGUUCAGGAAAAAAUUCGCCUGCGCAGACAAAUCUCUACAAAAACUCCGGAAUUAUUUUCUAUACCCAAGAGUGCAAACCCAUAUCCGGAUAGAUACACGCGGCAUAUUCAAAACAUGCCAUGGCCUUAUGCCUUUUUACGCGUCCAACAACGCCAAAAAUCUGGUGCCCUGUUCUCGCCACACCUUCCAGAGCCUUUACUAAGUCCAGAAGACUUGGGUCCCCAAGAACGGUUUGUGGUUGAAGAACUUUCGUUUUUUGAGUUUGACGUCAAGUUCCACGGAAUCGAGCCUGACUCGUACUUUGAGCUCUGCGAUACGUUCCGUGCCGCCCGCCUGCGGCACCUCGGAGACAAGAACUUCAAGAAUGUAAAUUCCCAAGCGGCAGAAGAGGAGCAGAAACUACGGCCGGGGGACCUUGAAACCACACAAACAAGUAGAUUAAUUGCUCCAAAGCUUAGCUUUGACGACCUGCGUACUCGCACAAAGUUCUCGCCAAUAUCCAUUGACGAGUUUCUCGAGGCUGCAAACCUUCUGCCUGCUGACCAGCGCGCUGUGCGUCAGCAGCCUCCUUUUGCGCGUGGGUGCCCGCCACCACCGCCGCCUCCGGCGUUGCCAUUCCGGCCGCUGUCCAAUGUUUCUACAUCUCCAUAUUCUUCCUCAUUUAAGUCAUUUGCCACUCGCCGCGAGUACAUUGAGGAUAGUGAGGAAGAGGUCUCAGCUAUUGUUAGCAUUCCUCAUGAAGGCCCAGAGGUGAUAAGCGGUAUGGGUAGAAGUGGCCGAGCAAAAUUAGAUGCUCGGCGGCAAAGCUUUGAAGAUGAAAAUAGUGAUCUUGACGAAGAUUUGUUUGAUACUACUAGCAGAAUGAACGAGAUGAAGAACAAGAUUAACAAGGAGAAAAAUAAUGUGGAUCAUGAUGAACAAAUCAAUAAACAACAAAAGGUUUGGGUUGACAUGUCAUUGCCCCUGGAAACUUUUGGUAAGGAACGCAAUAUUAAGGCUGCUGCUACUGCUGCUGAAUAUUUACAAUUCAAGAAUCAACAACGGAAGGAGCGGGAAGAGCAAGAGAAACAGGUACAACAACAACCUAUGCAAAUACAACAACCUUCAUCGCCACCACAGUCACAAUUGCAACCACCAUCUCCACAGCUUAUUCACCAACUUCAUUCUGAUAAAGAUAUGAUUCCAGAGACUCAGCAACCUCCUCAAUAUUCAGACGAAAGCGAAAGUGAAAAGGAAGAAGAUGUAGAAAUGGAGGAGCCUUCAAUUCCUACUGCUAUCGAUACAGCAGCAGUGGCUACUGUAUCAUCGCCAUCACCCCCAAUUCCUUCACCAAUUGUCCGUAAACCAUCAAUCACAGCAACUACUAUGGAAGUUUCUAAAGAUACAACUAUCUUGGAGUUCAUCCCUGCAUCUGCUACACAUCCUGAUUUGCGUUCGCCCAAACCUCACGAUCUGGCUGCCAUGUUUCCUGAAAUUGGUAGCAGCGGAGGGUCCUGCAGUUCUAUUCUUGCAGCUCUCGCACCUGGCAAUCUUUCAUCUCCUGUGCAACAUUAUAAGCAACCACAGGAAGAACAGCAACAGAAACAAAAGUCUCCAUUAUCUUCUUCUUCUUCAAGCCCACUAAAUUAUGUGGAACUCAGUUUCCAAGAAAAACUGCUCCGGAGUACAUCCAAAUUACCAAAGAGUCCAGAGGAAAUUCAAUCUGUGGAAGGCAAAUCGAUAGACACAGAAGCAAAAACAAAUAUUCCUACCACUGCUGUUACUCUUACAACUACUACAGCUGCUGGGUCCUCUAUGCUGAAAAGCUCACCCCAAACCCCUGCCAAACAAAACACAAUUGAUCAACAUGAUAUUGUGAUCCCAUCUACCCAAGAACAAGAUCUGUUUAAAUCCCCAGCCCGCAAGGAUACUACCAAUGUGCCUGCCCAAUACCCGCAUAGCACAAAACUUGAUCAAGAGAAGCUGCAAAGUUUACAAACUCAAAACCAAAGCCAUCAAAAGACUUCAUUACCUGAGCAGGGUGAUGAGGAGGAAUUUGAUGAGGUUGUACCCAAUACGCCAGAUGCUGAGAUUGAUGCCAGGUACCGCCAGAGGACCAGAAAUGAACAUAGUGAAUACUUUGCGACCACAGAGUUUCAGUCUUUUACAAAUCUGCCUGCUGAAAUUAGCAAUAAAGCAACAGCAAGUGAGCAAGGUUCUCAAACUACUUCUCCAAAACUACCAGAGACUAAGGAAAAUAUUUCAUCUGUACAGCAGCAGCCAUCAGGAUCUAAUGAUUCUUUCAAUCUUACCAGUUCACCAGUAGCUGCAAAGUCUAUGCCACAUGAUAAAACUUCUACUACCAAAUCCUCUGCCAUACCUUUCGAACCUGAAUCACGACCACACAUCGUUUUGAAGGCCAUAUCUGGCGAGGCUGUCUCUUCCAAACCAACCAAGGCUCCGACUUUGUCAUCCAUGGAAGCUUUUUCAUCUGUUGCUACCAAGGGUCCAUCACCACCUGUGAUUUCCCCAAAAUCUGAUUCCCAAACUUCUGUUCAAACACCUACAAAAGCUGCAAAUGAGAAAACUUUUAGUCAAGGAGAAGCACUUUCAGAGGAAGUUUCUUCGAGCCAGAUGCAGGAAAUUAAGUUUGUGUCACGAUCUGCACGCAAGCGCAAAAACAUUGUGGAUUCUCCCAACCCGUCUCAGCCGCAGACUAUUUCUGAACAGCUGGAGUCUGAGCCCUCAAGUGCCAAGAAAAUAAAGACAAACGGAAGCGAUGCAUCUCAGAAACCUAAUGAGGUUACCAUAUCGCAAUUUGAAAAGAAGAGUUUGCGAAGUACAAACACUGUAGAGGGAGAUGAUGAGAAGACGCCGAUGCCUACAAAUAAUAACAGCAGAAAGCGGAAAACUCAUGAACGUAACUUGUUUUUGGGGUCUGAUGAUGAUGAAGAAAUGGAGAAAGAAGGAGCAAUACCCCAGGAACUUGUUUCUGAGCCUAAGUUACCACUUACUCAACCUUCUCUGACUCCUCAGCAGGAAUCUCAACCUCAAGGACUGCAGCAGCAGCAGCAGCAGCCACAACAACAACAACAACAACAACAACAACAACAACAACAACAACAACAACAACAACAACAACAACAACAACAACAACAACAACAACAACAAAAACGACAACAAAACCGACAACAGCCGAAGAUUGGAUCACCCGUUUCAUCUUUGUGCUUACACGAAAUAAUUCCAGAUUCCCAGCCUGUUCCUUUCAGUACAAUGGUCACUGAUAAGGUAUCUUCACAAACUUUGUCUAAGGAUAAAUCUAUGAUGAAUUCUCAGCCAGUUGCUCCGGAGCCUGCCAAGUCACAGACUUAUAGGGAGAAUGUGGUAACACCUCCACGACCCCCACUUGCUCUUCCGCUUCCUGAAGUCACUGAAUCAGAAGUCAAUGGUCGUAUUGAAGGUGAAGGGGAAGGCGCUCCUGAAACAUCCACAUCUUCACCUGUAAUAUCUUCUCCACUACCUCUUGCGCCGACUCAAAUCAUUCCAACGCAACUAGUUGACAUGCCACUUUCUCCUGUUACUGGCAAAAACAGUACAACCAAGGUGGCGACCAAAACCAUUGGCCCUGGAAACACCAAUACCAACAACAAUAACGGCAAUGACAUUCUUGCCGGCGGCAUUGGUGUUGGCAUUGGAAUUAGCAUUGGCAUGAACGAGCAGCCGCAAAGGGCGAUGCGUGAAGAGUCAGCAUCUUCUGCGUUUUCUAUCGAGUUCAACAAGUACAUUAACCACUAUGGUUUGAGCCAAUCUUCUGAAGACCUUAGUACGACAACUGCUGUGAUCACUAAAGAAUCCAACCAACAGUCUAGUUCUAAGGGUGAUGAAGACAAGAGACUUGAGACGAACGAUCAACCUGUGCAGACGCUGCCUGCUGUGACUGCUACUAUAUCUGGGGUACUAUCUGUUGCAAAGAAGACUGUGGAGGCUCCUUCAAAAGCUUCAGAGACUGUACCAGGGCUAAUCCGGCCUUCUGAGCAUCAACAAGAACAACUUGUUACUACUGUGUCGCCGAAACAAGUUUCUCUUUCUGUUACUGGAGCUGGCAAAGUUUCUGUUCAAACGCAACAACCGUCAAAAACCCAAGUUCCAGCUCCAGUUCCAGCACCAUCUGUUGCAGUUACAACUGCAAACCGCAUUAAGCCUGUGGCUACACCUGCUUCCAAGGCUUCUAUGUCGACUAGCAGUGGUUCAGUUUCUCAACCUCAGAAACCUUUGCCAAAAUCAGCUUCAAGCACAAGUUUGUUGUCUAAGCCAGUUGCUGCUCAGCUACCUCAAGUAACAGCCACUGUUUCGUCGACCAUCGUCCCGGCACCUGCUCCACAGCUUGCAAUCACUAAACCCUUGAUCUCGAAAUCAGUCCCAGGACCCCGACCUACAAGCCUGCUGCCAAACUCCAAGUCGCUGUCGUCUGUUCCGCCAACCUCUUCUGCUGGGUCUACUCCGGCCCCUCCUGUCCCGGUCACAAUUCCUGCCUCGGUGGCACCCUCGGCCCCUGCAGCUUCAGUUUUGACCCCCGGCUUGACUUCUAAACCAACAUCAGUCCCAGUGUCUGUGCCUCGCCCACCACUGCCGUCAUUGCCCCCGCCACCGCCGCCACCGCCGCCUCCACGGCCUCAACCUGCUUCAAAGCCUUUGGAAAAACAGGAAACUGUUGCUGGUGCCACUGGUUCAGUUCCAACUUUGGUAUCUAAAGCAGCUUCUGCUUCUGUUUCUGCUAGUACUCCAACAAAGAGCCCUAGAUCUGGUUUAGGACUUGGUAAUAAAGCUCCUGCAACGGCAAGUAUUACUGCUCCUGCUACAACACCUGUACAGACUAAGGCUCCCUCUAAAACACCAACUAUUGCUUCUACUACUGUUUCUGCUACUAAUUCUUCAGUUUCAACCCCAGUACCAACUAAAGCUCCCGUUAAGGUCCUUGUCAAAGUUCCAGCUACUGCAGCUGCCUCAACAAAGACUUUGGCUACACCAACCACUUCAGUAAAAGCUUCGGUUACAACUGCUGUUCCAGCAAAGACUUCGGCUCCUGCAACAGCAUCUGCAACGGCUCCUGCAACGGCUCCUGCAACGGCUCCUGCAACGGUUUCUGCAAAAGUUCCAAUUAAAGCGUCUAUCAAGGCGCCUAUUAAAGCACCUAUUAAAGCAUCUGCUACUACUACUAUGGCUCCGGGGAAAGCAACUGUUACUACUACGGCACCGGCAAAAGCAGCAACUACUAUUACAUUGCCAGCGAAGACACCAGCCGCCACCACUGCAUCAGCAAAAACAUCUGCUACUCCUGCGGCCCCCUUCAAGGCCUCACCUACCAUUACAUUACCUGCUAGUAUUCUUUCUGCUGGCUCGGUUUCUGCUAAAGCUCCAGUCACCACCAAGGCUUCAUCUGUCACUAAACCCGCUGCGACAGUUUCUGCCAAAGCCGCAACUGCAACUGCAACUGCAGCUUCUGUUCCGGCUUCAGUAAAUACUACAGCAAAUGUUCAAGCUAAAGCUCCGGUUACUACCGCUGCUCUAGCAAGGGCUCCAGCGGUUACAAUUACCAAGUCUUCGGCCCCGACCCCGGUUCCGGUAUCGGCCUCAGCUUCGGCUUUAGCUCCAGUUCCUGCUUCAACUGCAGCACCUGAAAAGGCUCUAGCUCCUACUAAACCUUCUGUUUCAGUUGCCAAUAAGUCUACAGCUCUAUCUUCAGCUAAGUCUUCAGAUAACACCACCACUAAGACUCUUGCUUCUGUGGCUACCCCAGCUGCAGCUCCGGUAUCUACUCCAGCUUCAGCUCCAGCUACAGCAUCUGUAACUGUUCCGGUAACUGUUUCGGUAACUGCUCCAGCUUCAGCUCCAGCUUCAGCGUCAGCUCCAGCGUCAGCUUCAACCACACCCCAGACACCAGUUACUAGGCGGGGUCUUCGGCCAUCUACAGCCUCGGCCACCAUUUCUGGGUUUACACCCAUGGGAACCAGGUCAUCUGCUGCACACAAAACUGCAGACCAAGAAGUACCAGCAGCCACCAAGACAACCGAAACAGAGUUUUCUGCUAUUACAAACACAUCUCCCGCCACUCUUGGAAUAACAAGGGAGGAAGCCUUAGGAACAAUACCAGCAACGGACGCUGUUAAUUCCGAGCCUGUGAUACCAUUACCAGUUUUAGUUCGAGGAGGAAGAGGUGGUAAUCGUGGAGGUCGUGUUACUAAGGGUACUGCGAAACGCGGAGGUAGAACAACUGGGAGAUCUACGAGAACCAAAACAGGUCGUCCUCCUGGCCGGCCUCCAAAGAAUCCGGCAGCCAAAGCAGCAGCAGCCAAAGCAGCAGCAGAAGAAGCAGCGGCACUGAAGGCCGCGGCAGAAGCCCAAUUAGCGGCAAUGGAAGCAGCCGAAGCAAAGAAAAAGGCAGCAGCAGCAGCAGCAGCAGCAGCAGCAGCAGCAGCAGCAGCAGCCGCUGUUGCGAUGCCUGAGUCCUCUGACUCUAAUGUCCAUGAGCUGGCUGAAAAGCAGCCGCAACAGAAGUCUACUGGUACACUUGGUCCUGAGUUGCCAUUGAUUUCUUCAAGACGGUCUUCUAUGGUUAAUUCCAAAUCAUCACUAGCAGCUAAAUCGAAAUCUGCUAGCCCUACCCAGAAAAACCUUGUCGAAGCUGUUUCCGAUGGAUUAUCUAAAACUACCCAAUCUCCUUUGUCUCAACCUGAGCAAUUUCCAUCUACUGGCGAAUCCGCAGCAGCUGCAUCUGAGGCUAGUUUUGAUAAAUCCAAGACAACUACAAAUCCUGCAGAAUUGGCACCCGCUUCUACUACACCAACAGAUUCUAAAGCCCCUAAUACAGCAACAACAACCACGGUAGAAACAAUCACAGCAGCAACAAACACAGCAGAAACAACCACAGCAAAUACAACCACGGCAGAAACAACCACGGCAGAAACAACCACGGCAGAAACAACCACGGCAGAAACAACCACGGCAGAAACAACCACGGCAGAAACAACCACAGCAGAAACCACCAAGGCAGAAACAACCACAGCAGAAACUACUACGGCAGCAACAACUAAAGAAGCAACUACAGAAGCAACAACCACUUCAGCAGCGGCAACAACAGAAGAAGCGGCCAGCUCUGAACCUGCACCUGCUUUGGGUCCUGGCCUAGAAGAGAAUGUUCCUUCUGGCGAGUCAGUUUAUUCCCCACCAGCCAGACGCCGUGGGCGUGGCGGAUCACGCGGGCGCGGAGCGCGAGGACGAGGCAAGCGUGGGGCCAAGAUUAACUCGUUACCCCGGCGCAUCACGAGGUCCAUCACUAAAAAUGAGAACGCCAUUGAGGCUUCAAUCCAACAAGCCUCCCUCCAAGCUGCUGAAAAUUUAUCAACAGCGAGUCUGUCAGAAAGCAGAUCUGAGACACCGACAACUAGUGCACCUGCUGCACCUGCUGCACCAACCUCUGUGCCUGCUACUUCUGUUGCUCCAACCACAGCAGCUACUACUACAGCGUUGUCUACCACAGUUGGAUCUGUCAUUAGCGGAUCCUUUUCUACGACUCCAAAUAGCAAUCACCACCAUCAUCACCAUCAUCACUUGAAUCUUAAUGAAAUUGAUCUUGUUUCGACGUCACCUUCCACGAAUAUGGUUCCGGCUUCUGCCACGUCUGUUUCCCCAUACUCAAUCAUGUCUAAUUCGGCGUACUCUCCUGAUUCGCGUGAAUAUGAGCUUGGUGGGAAUGACAAUCUCGAUGAGCCACCUCUUUCCUCGUUGCCCAUUGGCGUUGAGGAACGGUCUAUGCUUUUCCGAGCAGCAGCUACGGCUUCAUUUGUGACGACAACAGAAAAGAAUCAUUUCAACACUCCACAGCGAAAUUCCACAUUAUAUUCUCGGCCUCAGCUCCAUACUUCAGGGGGACCGCGAGUUAUUCAGCAGAGUCCUCCAGAUUACAAGGGAUCUUCUUCGUCUUUCACUUCAAUCAAUGUUUCUUCCGUCAAGAAUACGGCGUUUGCCUCAACAAGUUCAUCUUCGAAGUCGCGAAACACUGAUUCGUUGUUUUUAAAUCCACAAAACACUACAGAUGUUAACGACAAUAGCCCGUUGAACUCUGCUGAGAAUUUGGCGGAGGAAUGGUCUAAUUUUGGGGAUGUUUCCAAGAACCUACACUGGGAUUUGCAUGAGGAAAUUAAAGACCCAAAUGAUUCUGGGAACUUUGAUAAGGAAUUUUCUGAUUACUCAAGUGACGAUGACGACGAUGAUGAUGAUGAUGACGAUUUUGAUGAUUCUCGUCACCAAUUGGAUGAGCCAGGUACUGGUAGCACCACUAGCGCUCCAGUUGUUUCUGAUAGUACAAAAGCAAAGACUGCAAGUACACCUUCUAUCUCGAUCAAGGGAAAGCCUGGAAAGAAGCCUGAGAAGGUGACGAGUGAAAAGCGAGCAGCAGCGGCAGCAGCAGCAACUGCUACAGCAGCCACGUUUGUCAAACGAACAUACAAACGAAAGAAAACUCCAAAAUGGUAA